ACAAUCAAGAUAUAAACAUUACAUUUUGCAGUACACUUUUCACUUACGUCACAUCGGUGGCAGCCUUCGGUGGAGGAGUAUCUGCUGCUCGCAGCCUGUUAGAUUUUAUUUUUUAUUUGACGAUUUUCGUUAUGAAAUGGAUAUAAUUUAAGCAGUAGAGUUCGAGCCGCAUUUCCAGACGACUAAAUACGCAAGUGAACCAAAUUCUGAAUCAUCAAUCACCAUGAGUGGACGUGUACGCAGAAGAGAUGUCCCUUUGGGAGUUAAGUUUUUACAAUACUUAUCCAACAGGUGCUUCCCUAUAAGUAACCGGGAAAGAUCGUAUAGAGCGUUAGCUUAUUGUCUCACCUUUAUAGCAUACAUAUGUUUUCAUAUGUGCAGAAAGCCUAUGUCUGUUGUUAAAGCUGUACUUCACCGAAAUUGCAGUGAAUUAAUACCUCCACCUGGUGUUCCCAUCUACGAAAACUCUACUUGGUGUGACUGGGCUCCAUUCAAUGGCACCGAUGCGAAUGCUUCACAGAAGCUGGGAGAGCUGGAUUCGGCUUUCCUCUUUUCAUACGCCAUUUCAAUGUUCAUGUCAGGCUUCAUUGCGGAAAGAGUGAAUUUGAGGUAUUUUCUCAGUUUGGGAAUGCUGCUCUCAGGAAUUUUCUGUUAUAUGUUUGGGAUGGGAAAAAUACUGAAUGUUCACGUUUUGAGUUACUAUUUGAUCUUUCAGAUAUUCGCAGGUAUUGUCCAAACAUCAGGCUGGCCAGGUGUUGUAACGGUCAUGGGUAAUUGGUAUGGAAAAUCUAAAAAAGGAGUCAUAUUUGGAAUAUGGAACUCCCAUACUAGUUUCGGAAAUAUAUUAGGAACGGUUAUAGCGGCUGCCUAUGUCGAAAAGAACUGGGCAUAUUCGUUCAUCGUACCGGGGGCCAUAAUGGGUGUUGUCGGUUUCAUCCUUUUCCUUUUCUUAGUUGCCAGUCCCUCAGAUGUCGGUAUUGUUAAAGAAGAAGACGACGUUGAAAGUCAGAGACCUCCAAAGAGAUUGGUCAGUCAGGUUGCCAAUGGCGACGGUUCAUCUGGUUUUAACUCUGAAACUGAUGACACCGAAAUAUUAAUAGGGGAACAGGCCGUUCUGAGCAGAAAUGCUCAUUAUUUGACGCAAUUUGAUGUAGAAGUUCAGCGUAGGUUAACGGAGAGAAGUCUGCUUAUUCCCACUGCCACAGAGGAAGAGAAAGAAGUUGCAAUAGGAUUUUUUGGCGCUUUCAAGAUUCCCGGAGUGAUUGAGUUUUCUCUCUGCUUGUUCUUUGCGAAACUUGUCAGUUAUACGUUCUUAUAUUGGCUGCCUUUAUACGUAAACUCAUCAACAACAAUGGGUGCGUCCGCAAGUGCUGAUCUUUCGACAUUAUUCGAUGUGGGUGGAAUCAUAGGGGGCGUAGCUGCAGGAGCAUUGAGCGAUCAGACCAGUAUGUCUGCAACAGUGUGCUCUGGAAUGCUGGCACUUGCUCCUCCUUUCAUGCUUUUAUAUCAGAACUUUAGCUCGGCUGGCCUGGGUCCGAACAUAGCUUUACUCCUGAUCGUUGGAGCUCUAGUCAACGGACCAUACGCUUUGAUUACGACAGUCGUUUCCACCGAACUGGGGACGCAUUCUAGUUUGGAAGGGAACUCUAAGGCUUUGGCUACAGUGACUGCCAUCAUCGAUGGCACAGGAUCUAUAGGUGCGGCUGUAGGCCCUCUACUCGCAGGAUUUGUUUCCGGUUAUGGGUGGCAGAACGUGUUCUACAUGCUGAUCGUUUCCGACUUCAUUGCACUUCUACUCCUGAUAAGGCUGACCAAAAACGAGAUUUCGAAAUCUAGAUUGGUACGAAGAAGAUUUUCAGACUAGGAGAGGACUGUGACAAGACCAAUAUAACGUGGGGGACGAAAAAAUUUAGGUGAUUUUAAAUUAAAUAAUUUUUUUAGAUUCAUCAAUUGAUUUGAUGAGAUUUAAAUUUUUAUUAUUUAUUUUUACUUCGUUGAAGAACUUGGGUUCGUAUGUUGUGACUGAAAUUGAUCAAAUUUGUUUCCGUAUUUUUUUUUUAUUAAAUUAACAAAUGACAUGAUAUUUUCCAUUCACGAAACCAAAGAGUAGUUCUGGAGGAUUAUUUGAUCAAUUAUCAUAACUUUAAUGAAAAUUUAAGAAAUUAAUUUUAUCUCGACAUUACAAAAGUAGGAUUUAAAUUAAAUAUUUUUGUUUUAAAUUAAAUUUUUAUCGUUAAAAUGAAAUAGAAAAAGAUGUAGUAUAUGUAUUCAUUAUGUGAUGAUAAAUCGAAUAUAAAAUAAUUUCACUUAUUCAUGUCUUAUUGUUAAAUUUAGACAAUGAACAAGGUGAUUUAGUAUUGUUAAAUCAGGUGAAAUAUUUGCACAUUUAUUUUUCACUAUUCAACUUUGAAAGAAUAGUUCUUGACCAUAUUAGCAUAUUUUAUUUAUCAAACAAUAUUUUGAGAAUUUUUUUAUGUAUCAAUUCCAAACAAUUUUGAAAUGAAUGUGAACAAAAUAUAUUUUUUCUAUAUUCUUAUGCAUUUUUAUAUUAUACUCAAAUUUUCUGUACAAAGUUGUUAAUAAAACGAGAUAAGAAA